UCUUUUUGGAAAUAGUAUUAAUAAUAAAAAGAUAAGCUCCGAAUGUGAAAACUCUUGGAGAAGAAAUUUUUCUUCCUCGCGUUUGUUUAAAAUUUAUUGUUCCUUUUUUAAUAUACAUAAUGAUAAUCUUUUUUAUGCUUAAAUUAUGAUCAUGUUCUUGACUGUGAAAAUCGUCAUUCUAAUGUAAGUACCAUAUAUCAGGAUUUAUCCUGAGAUCUUAGGAUAUUUGGACUUUUCUUAGAAGUGCGGUCGGAUAUUGCAAAUCUCAGUAAAUUUUAGGACUUUUAAUGAGAUUAUUUUAAAAAACCUCUUUAUUAAAAAAAUAAUCUUCCUAACUUAGCAAUGAGACUCGAUGAGUUAGUGAGAUCCCUGGAGAUCCUUUGAUUUUUUUGUAAUGGUAUUUUCAGUUGGAGUGAAAAAGAUAAAACACUGUACAACUAUAAAAAGCUAAUACAUAGCUCAUUGGUAAGGCCGUGUAUUUAUAAAAUUUAUGUAUAUACCUGAUUGUCUAACAGGCACAUAACGAAACAAAUCAUGAACUAACUUACGAAGAAUUGACAAAAUAUGCCGUUAAUUUAGCAGUGUCGCUCACACAGUUGGGCGUUACAGUCGGGGACAUUGUUGCGGUGGGUUCGGAGAAGCGAAAUGAAUUUGUCGCCACUAUCCUAGGAAUAGUAUUUACUGGGGCUACCUACACACCCUACGAUCUAAAGAGUGGUAGAGGUAAGAACUUUGGCAAGUUUUAUUAGACAAUCAGAAUAAUCAAUAUUUUAAUUUAAUUUAAGCUUCACAUUUUUUAUUGUUUCAUCAUCAUCCUCAAUUUACUUAGCCGUUGCCUAGGACAUAGGCAUUUCUUAUGGAAAGAGCAUAUCAACAGACCUUAAUUCAGGAGCACUUACCCCGAACGUUAGUCUCAAGGGGGCGCCAUAAUCAAGAGCUUUCCAAAAACUACUUUUAAAAUCAAACACUUGAUAUGCUAGGGGUGGAAGUCAAAUGUCAAGUUUUGCCCCAGUUAGAAAGAUCCGGACCUGAUUGGUGGAUGUCAAUAUUUCAAGCAAUAGCUUAACAUGUCUUUGAAAGCACAGAAAAACUCGCUUUAUAAAAUUUUUGGUCACUUAUCCAAUACGCGGAUAUCAAAGUCCGUUUCUUUACAUAGAAUUAACCCGCGUAGCAUGACAAACUCAAGAGAAAUAUACAAGAGCGUGACCGAGAGUGAAAUAUUGUAUUGAACGUAAAUAUCACUCUCAAUCCGUGUUUCGAGUUCUUCAAGUACAUAAUACGAAUAAAACGCACGCUGUGGCGAUAAAAAAAUAAAAAUAUUUUUGCCCACCUUUCCAAUGUACGAUUACUUGUCACUAGAUCAAUUUUUCACGAUUUCUAAAGUCUAUCUGUGUAAAAAUUUUUCAGUUAUCCUAAUGUGAUUUACAAAUAAAUAUACAAACAAAAACAAAGCAAAUAUCUUGUUUCAUGUAAGUCUUAAUAAAGCCAUUAAAUUUCAAUUCUAUUCUACAUUUCAGCCAUAUUGAAACAUAAGAUGAGCAUAACAAGACCGAAAUAUUUCAUGUGCUCUAACCUUUUCUGGGAUACCUACAGAGAUGUUUUAAAGGAAUUCGAUUGCGUCAAAAUGUUUAUAACACUUGACGGCAGUGUUGAAUCGCUGAUUUCAUUGAAAUCACUUGUAACGAAAAAUAUUGUAGAUAUAAAUCUAUUUGAGCCAACCAAAGUUCAAGGACAAACUGAUGUAGCAUUCAUUUUGUAUUCAUCUGGUACAACUGGCAUGCCUAAAGGGGUGCAAUUGACGCAUUUAAAUUGCAUUCUUAAUAGUCUUCCCCAUGAGUAAGUUCCUUUUUUAUGUAAAUAAUUAAUUUUAAACAACAGUUUCUAAUACUUUUAUUACAAAGAAUUUAGUAUAGUGUACCAGAAUUUUCUUUCUUUUAGUUUCAACGAUGAUUCUUUAAACACUAUGUUUCUCUACGGUGAAUGGUAUCACAAUUACGAUACAUUCAUGACAUAUAAAUUUUUGGCCAUGGGGAAAAAAAUUGUUUAUGUAAACGAACCGACGCCGCAAAAAUUUCUCAAAACAGUUGAGGACCAUCAAGUAUGAUUUAGUUUUUUUUUAUUACUACCCUAACUCAUAUAUU